UAGUCGUGACUCACUGAGAACCCACCCGGAUGUUUCCUCUGUGCCGCGCAGGAGCAGCGACGCGCCAACACGUUCCCCGGGAGGAGACACACGCACCCGCCGGGAGCACAUCGUCCACAGGCGGGUCGCUGAAGUCCAGGAAUCGAACCCACUUCACGGACGUAGACUCUUGGACGUUUGAAUGGAAGCGGACGGCUUCGUGUCCCGGCGAAGGUCCGUGGAAACACCGGGCGUCGACAGCCGAGUCGCUGGCGCCGCAGCCGGGGCAGAGUUCCGAUGGCUGGGCGGCAGGCUCCUGGAGGCCACCGGGGGUUUUGUUGGGUCUCUUUCGUCGAGGAUGCCCGGGGAACAGGACUUUGCCCCGGUGUUGCAUCGAGCAACACCGACGGAGACCCCGACCUCUGCGGAGCCGGACAUAGACUAUGAAGGGCUGCCUCAGGGAGAAGCCACCAGCACACACAUGCUGGCAGGAGCCGUGGCUGGAAUCAUGGAGCACUGCCUCAUGUACCCCAUCGACUGUGUCAAGACUCGUAUGCAGAGCCUGCAUCCCGAACCGGGAGCGCGCUACAGGAACGUGAUGGAUGCCCUGCGGCAGAUCGUGCGGACUGAGGGUGUGUGGCGUCCGAUCAGAGGCGUGAACGUGCUGGCGGUCGGCGCUGGGCCCGCCCACGCUCUCUACUUCGCCUGCUAUGAGAAAAUCAAGUUUUCACUCAGUGACGCUAUUCACCCCGGAGCUAACAGCCACUUUGCCAACGGAGUUGCGGGCUGCAUGGCCACAGUGCUGCACGACGCCAUGAUGAACCCGGCGGAAGUUGUUAAACAGCGAAUGCAGAUGUUCAACUCGCCUUACCGCAGCGUGUUGGACUGCAUGGGCUCGUUGCUGAGGCGCGAGGGCCCGGCCGCUUUCUACCGCAGCUACACCACCCAGCUGACCAUGAACGUGCCCUUCCAGGCGCUCCACUUCAUGACCUACGAAUACCUCCAGGAGCUCCUCAACCCCCACAGACAAUACAACCCUUCCUCCCACGUAGUGUCUGGCGCUCUGGCUGGUGCUGUGGCCGCCGCCGUCACGACUCCCCUCGAUGUCUGCAAGACCCUCCUGAACACACAGGAGGCGCAGGCUAUACACGUGAUCCAAGCCGAUGCAGCGACAGCAGCUGGAGCGGUCGGAGCUGCCGCCGCCACAGCCCCCGGCAGCCGCCACAUUUCUGGUCUGGGUGAGGCCUUUCGGACAGUGUACAGGAUGGGAGGCAUGCCGGCAUUCUUCAAGGGCGUCCAAGCCCGGGUCAUCUACCAGAUGCCCUCCACAGCAAUCAGCUGGUCAGUGUACGAGUUCUUCAAAUACAUCAUCACCAAACGGCAGCACGAGAGACGGCUGCGCGGAGACCGUGACGGAGACAAAUAAAGAGAUCUCAUCAUCUGAAGUUCUAAAGAGAAAAACAAGAAUUUUAGAUUAUUUGAGAAAGAAAUUCAACUUUGAUUUUGUUUACUGAGAUGAAGUUAGUGCAGUUUUGUCUCGCUGAAAGCAGGUGAGGUCUAACAUCAGAUGUGGGGUUUAAAAAAUUGUCCGUCAAUACUCAUCCAUAAGAAGAAGGAUUUGAAACAGCGGACAGGAAAUGGUUCCGUGAACCCGCCCCAUUCAAAUUAGAUUCUGUGCGUGUGCUUUCACAAAGUAAAUUAUUUCACGGAGGGUUAAAGUAAAGUUAAAUUUGUCCCGUUGAACAAAGAAUGAUUGACUCUUUGCUCCCAGCUACAAUGCAGUUUUGUUGUAUAUUGGGAUUUUUUGUUUUGACCUGAAGUCCAGCGGAUUUCAAAAUCUUGGGUUUAAAGUUCUGAUUCAGCUCUGAUGUUUAUAUUCACUUCAGAUUAACUAAGCUCAAGUUGCAGCCUCGCAGCCUCUGUUGUGUUUUAAGGACAGAACAAAAAUGAAUCCCCGUCCGAAUAUUUCAGAACUGCACUGUACAGAGGGGUCACCAGUCUUUUUGAGAAGUAUUUACACCGUGUUACCUUCUGCCCACAGGGGGCGCACAGCUCGACCACAAGGGAAAACAAAGACGUUACUGAAUCUGCCAUAUUGGAUUAGUGUGAAUUCUACACAGAACGAGGAUCAUAAAAAAAUGUUAAAGACCAUUUGUGUGUUACACUUCUCAGUUGUGUAGACCUCACCACAGCCCGACUCUGCCGCCCCCUGUUUGUGUUGUUCAAAAGAGAAACAACAUAAAUUCAAAGUGAAAUUAUAAUAAUCUAUUUUUUUCCCUCAGGUCUCAUCAGACCUCAGAUUUCAUAACUUUAUUUAUAAUGCACCUUCUCAUGCAGAAGUUACAAGUGCUUCAAAUAAAUUAAGAAAAUGUUUAAAAAAAAAUCAAACGCAACAAAUAAAGAAAGAUUCAACUCGAGUGCUUUCAAAUCCACGCACAUCUGCCCGGCUGCGAAUCCUGUGGUCGCAGCCUUGAAGGUCACGUUUACAUUACAUUAGACUUCUUUUUCUUUAUACAGACCCUGUCACGUAUUCAACACUCAAAUAUUCAGUGCAGCAAAAGUACACAAGAUAUUUAUAAAUAGUUCCUCGGCUGAUAAUUUUUAACUUGCCGACAAACUGGGGAUGUUUAUAUUAUUUGCAGAACUGGUAAAUAGUGUUACAAACUAAAGAACAUCGUCACAAACUAACAUUCAUCAUGCACAUGUUGGCUUUUACAAGAUUUUAACGUCAUUUUCAUUGCACAGCAUCUCAGCACUUAAUAACGUCAUUGUCAGGAAAAGAAAACUACUAAUACAAGUAUGGAGAGUAAAGAAUCUACUUCUACACAUGCCUUCUGUCAGCCGCCGUACAUCCAACGCACAACUACCACAAGAAAAUCCUCAUGUAGAAAUAAUAAUGUGUUUGAAGCCAUAAAUCAGGAUAAAAUGUACCUAAUAUAUAAAAAUAUAAAUAUGGUUAAAUAGUGUUGAACCCAAAAACUAACCAGCUAAGUUUCAGAUUCAACUUGUGUAAAUUAUUCAAAUAGAUGAAAUGAAACAAGUUUUUUCAAGAGAGUGUGUGGGGGGGGGAGUAAUUGUAGGGAAUGUUCCUCGUGUGAAGCAACAUUGGGAAACCAAAGACUGAGAGGGGGAGAGAACCGGAGAGGAUCCGGUGGUUUAUCGGACGACAACGCUAAUGUGAAAAGCUUGAACACUGUGUGAAAGCGACACCUGUAUUUUGUGAAUUGUAAAUAAACUCGCUAAGGCAGCUCCUCGCAGAAGCAGGGUCUUCUCUUGGUGCUGGCUCUCCAAGCGCUGAGAGAAUUUAAA